AUGGCAUAUGAUCGAUUCAUAGCUAUAUGCAAACUGCUGCUGUAUACGAUUAUCAUGUCAAGGAAAGUCUGUGUCCAGUUGGUAGCUGCAUCAUACUUCUACGCCUGUGUCAAUGCCGUUGUGCACACAGGCUCUUUGUUCAGCCUGUCCUUCUGUGGUCCCAACAUCAUUGAUCACUUCUUUUGUGACAUCCCCCCACUCCAGAAGCUCUCCUGUUCCAGAACUCACAUGGAUAGCAGAGUGCAUUUUGUCUUUGCUGCUGUAACUGCAUUGAGUACUGUCCUGAUCAUCCUCAUCUCCUACAUUUAUAUUAUCCUCAACAUCUUGAGGAUCCGGUCUACCGAAGGCAGGCACAAAGCCUUCUCCACCUGCGCCUCCCACUUGACGGCUGUCAGCAUAUUGUAUGGGGCUCUGUUCUUUAUGUAUUUACGGCCCACAUCCGGCAACUCAUCAGAUCAGGACAAAGUGGUGUCCGUGUUCUACACCCUUGUGAUCCCUAUGCUGAACCCCCUGAUCUACAGCCUGAGGAACAAGGAGGCGAAACACGCCCUGAGAAAAGUGAUAUACCAGACAAUGAAUGAUUCUUUAGUGGUUGGAUGA